UGAUUUCAUAUGGGUGAAUAAUAACAGUAACUUUUUUAUUUUUAUUUUUUAGGAAUUUGUGCUUUAAGAGGACAUUGAUAGAGAGUACAUAAUUCACCAUAAUUGUUGCAGGAACUUUGGGAACAUUUUCCAUUUUCUUUGCUCCUGCUAAGCUUUGAUUGACAUGAAUGGUAUGACCAAAAAGCGAUUGUAAAACACACAGGCUUUGCAUUUCAGUUCCAUGUUUGUAUAAAAUCUAUACUUGUAUGUUCAACUUUAGAAGCUAAUGAGUUGAAAAUUUGAUUGUUCUUUGCCUUUGAUUGUUUAACUCUAUGCCUCUCUGUCUCUGUACUGCAUUGAAAGAAAUUCAGUGAUUUCUAGCCCUUUUGUGGUGUGAAUCUUAAAGUGAUGGAGCUGAAUCCGAAAUGGGGCUGGGAUAACUUAGUGAUGUUCAAUCUGCCUAAAAAGCUGCAAGAAGAGGGAGUAUUCGAUAGGGUGUCUUUUGAUUUAUCUGGAAGCGGUGGCGGUAGUGGCGGUUCUGGCUCUAAUUUGGGAUUUGGUUCUUCAGAAAAGAGCUCAAUAUCAGCUUCAACAGAUUCCUCCACAAAGGAGGGGAUGAAAAUAUCCAAUUUCACUUUUGAGGAUUUUGAUGGUGUACCUGGAGAUUUUUACAAGAAGGAAUUUUCCAGAGCUGAGCUAACUGGAACUUCACUUCCACUGGAGGUUUCAGUUGGCUCUGGUGAAUCAUUGAUCAGUCUGAAACUUGGUAAGCGGACUUACUUUGAAAAUUACUGUGCUGGUAGCACAAAGACCUCUUCUGUUUCUGUGAUUCCUGUAUCAUCUGCCACUACAGCAAAGAAAAUCAAAUUAUCUCGUCAAAUUACACCUCCCCCACGAUGCCAAGUAGAAGGCUGCAACCUUGAUCUCUCAUCUGCGAAAGAUUAUCACCGGAAGCAUAGGGUUUGUGAAAGUCAUUCCAAAUGCCCAAAGGUUAUUGUACGUGGUCUAGAACGCCGGUUUUGCCAACAGUGUAGCAGGUUCCACAGUUUGUCAGAAUUUGACGAAAUGAAGCGAAGCUGUCGUAGACGGCUUUCUAAUCACAAUGCACGGCGCCGCAAGCCACAUCAGGAGACAAUCCCGUUUGAUUCAACUAUUCUGUCUUCAUCAUUAUAUGGUUUAAAGGAAUCUAUGUUAUAUUCCAACCUGGAUGUAGCACCGAAUCUUCGUUGUGCUCUCUCUCUUCUGUCAACUAAUUCUUCAGGUUUGCAGCCGGAAUCCAUUGCAUUUGUUAACAACAUGCAUGUAGAUCAUACCAACAUGCCUCAGCCUGUGAUGCAUGCAGUGCAUCAAGGCUUGCCACUUGCUUCAUCAGAGUACUGGCAGACUGAAGAACAGUCAAUUUACUCCCGCAUGCAUACCUUCACUGCAAACAGUAAAGGCAGCAAUCACUUCCAAGAAACCGAAUUAUUCAGAGCACCAUGUCCGACUAGUUUUUACUCCAAUCCAUUAAACUGACUACUGAUAUCCAUUCAGCUAUUCCCAGAUUGAUAAGGCCUGAAGUCAAGUCCGAUGGUUCCAUUCUUUUACAAUGUUUUUAAAUUGCCAAUGAAGCUGGAAGUCCAACUAUUUAAGCUGUCAAUUGGUCUUCGGAGUUUCUGGAGAUCUUGUUAUUGAUCCCGCGUCUCAUGGUUACACUUUCAGCCCCUCGAAGGAGUGGCGAACUACGUCUUGCUCGAUCAGUAUAGCAACCCUGCAACAGAAAGUCUUCACCAUUUGCAAAUUCUGACAAAUCCUUGUCUGCAUCUACAUCUAUAAAACAAUUUUAUCUUGAUAUGUCAAUGUUGUCCAACUUAAGGCAUUGAAAAGGUUCCAUGGUACUUGCUAUCGUGUUGUUUUCCCUAAUAGAGGGGCUAGGUUUUCCCCUUAAAGGAGGCUAGUUUCGAUUCGAAAAUGUAAUUCUCCAGUUUCAUUUGUUAGCAUUUCUAAUUUCUUCCCAGGUACAUACCAAGGCAGCUAAUUAUCUUUAUGCUGUUUCAGAAUUUAGAUAUCAAAUUUAUUUUUCGACAUUA